AAGAAUACGAAAUUGAAACAGUUUUUAGUGCGUUUUUGAAAACGUUUGAUCACCGCAAAUCGUUUGCCAAAGUGCCACAAAGUGUUUGCCGUACAAAGCAAAAGUUAAGCCACAAAGUCGCCUGUUAAAAGUUGCAAGUGAAUCUCUUUUUUUGUGAUUUAAUUACACGCUCGUCGAAGUUUUCGCAAACAAAAAUAUAUAAAAUGGCUUUCAAGGUUAUUUUCGUUCUUGCCGCUUUGGUUGCCUGCGCGCAUGCCAGACCCGGUGGCCCCGCUGCCUACUCCAUCUCCGCGCCCAGCGUGGAUCAUGCCUCUGUGGGCAGCUCGCAGGAGCACACCGUCAAGGGUCACUACGGCCAGUCGUCGCAGUCGGACUACUCCAGCGCCGUGCAGACUGCGCAUUCGCAAUCGCACGUGCAGCGCUCAAGCAUCAGCAAUGACGCCGGACUGGCGCCACAUGUCGGUGGUCAUAUCAUCGCCGCCGCCGCGCCCAUCGCUCACGCAUAUGCCGCGCCGGCCGCCUACGCCGCGCAUGCCUACACCGCUCCAGCCGCCGCCACCAUCAGUCACGGCUACGCGGCGCCCGCUUUGACUUUGGCACACUCUGCUCCGGCUCUCUCGCAUGGCAUCGCCUACGCCGCACCGGCUGCGAGUUAUCACGCUCCCGCUUACAGCUACCAAGCUCCCGCUAUUCAGUAUGCUGCUGCCACUGCGCCCGCCUAUGGUCAUUAUGCCGCCGCUCCUGCCGCUCUCUCGCAUAGCUAUGUCGCUGCUGCACCCGCCGCCACUUUGAAAUACGCUUCGGCACCGGCUUAUGUAGGACCCGCACUACUUGGACACGCUAGCUUGGCACAUGGUUUACCACUCGCUGCACCAGCCUUGGCACCGCUCGCCGUUAAGACCCUCGCCGCACCCGCUUUAGUGCAUACCGCCGUUGCUGGACAUGGAGUGCAUUACGGUUACUAAGCGAAAGGGACACACAGAACAGGAGCUUGAGAGUAGGAGUGAGUGAGAGAGCAGCAGUGGAGUGAGAUGGAGAUGGAAGCGUUCAAAGCGCGUUGGUUGUGCGCCAACGCCAACAUCGUGAAACUAAAUAACAACAAAAAACAAAAAAAUAAUAAUAACUAAAAUAAAAAAAACAGUUAUAAGCAUAAAAAAGAAACAAAGCAAAGAUGUAAAUAAGAAAAGAAGAAAACAAAAUGAUAACAUUAUUAUAUGUAGGAUAACAGCAGGAAAUUACAACAAGAACAACAGCACAAAACGAUACCGACAACAACAACAGUAGCAGCAACAACAACAACAAACAGCACAACAAUGAAUAACAAUUAAAACAACACACACGCAAAUGCAAAAACCAAAAAAAAAAAACACGAAAAGAGACGACGCAAAAAAUGAGCGAGUAUGUGUGGCAAGUAGCAAGCGGAAGCGGAAGCGCUGGCAAAAAACAGGUGGGAGACGAAAAAAGCGCAUGCAUAAUUUGUAAAUAACUUUCGCUAUUAUAUUUUGCGUGUAAAAAUGUGGCAACAACAACAACAAACACCUACAACACAGCCACAAGCCAUGUACGCGGCUGCGGCAGUCAAUAUAUGCGCUUUACAGCAGUGUAAGCCACAGCGCCUAAAAGUAUGCAGCGAAAAACUACAAUAGUCCACCGCGCUCCAUCCUCGCUUUUGCCUGAAUUUUCGAUUUUCAUUAUUCGAUUGUCUUCCGCUGUGAUUUGCAUUUAAUUCCACGAAAUUCCGCGCAACAAUGUCAUUUCAUGCAACAACGCCUUAAUACUUGCGAAUAUACACUCGUGCAUAUUCCACUUCCUUUGUAUGUGUAUUCAUAUGUGUUCGUGUGUGUGUGUGUGCAUCCUCCGAACAUCACACCAAUUCAUUCAUUGUUAUUCUCUCCAUUUACGUUUUAUACUCUAUGUAUGUGUAAGUUGUUUUUAUCGCGGUUAAAUUUUAGUUUUUCAUUUGAAUUUUUAUUUUGGUUUUGUUUGUCAAAUAAUAAUGAAUACAUAAACACUUAAAUCACUUUCUCUACACAAUGCGCAUUUCUCAGCUUUGUUUGCGUUUUCAAUUUGUAUAUUAUUGUCUAAUAAUAUUGUACGAAUUUAUAUACGAAAAUAUGAAAUGUUAAAAUAAAGCGAAUGCUAAUGCUGUGGAAUAAGUCAA